AUGAGCGACGCAGAGCUCAAUGCGCUCGACGAGGACGUGCUCGUACGCCGAGUGCUGGGCGACGACCAUGGCGACGACCUGACCACCUACAAGUCGCCCCAGACGAAGCAGACGCUACUGCAUCUUGCUGCCGGCCGCGGGUACGAGCGCCUCACGCGAGCUCUCUUGGCCAAGCACGUGGAGCUCAACGACCAGGACGAUGGCGGCAAGACAGCGCUCGUCGUCGCAGUUCUUUCGGCCAACAUGGCGAUCUUCCGCCUUCUGGUCGACGCCAACGCCGACGUCCACAUCACCACGGCCGAGGGGUAUUCUGCCUUUUACAUUGCGGCCCGAACGCAGCAAGCUGCUAUGGCGCAGGUGCUGCUGCCACAGCUCCACGACGACGGCGCCCGCGAGCUACUCGCAGCCCUUCAUGACGCAUCGCCCGACGACGCCGUGCGUUGCCUCUUGGACGCAGGCGUAUCGCCAGCGCUGAGCCAGCCCGACGCGUCGCAAGCGCCGAUAUUCCAUUCGGUGCUGGACCGCCCAGGCCUCUUGCGCGUCUUCGUCGAGCACGACCCUGCCAUUGUCCACCUCAAGGACCGGUACGGUCGUACGGCGCUGGCGUGUACCGCUUCGUCGGGCAACCUCGACGCGUGUCGCCUCCUGCUCCAGUUUGGCGCGAGUCUCGACGCCAAGGACCACCGCGGUCGCUCGGUCGUGCACCUUGCCGCGUGCCACGAGCAAGAAAGUGUGCUGCGGCUCUUUGCCGCCGAGACCCCCGCCCUCUUGGUCCAAAUCAAGGACGACGAGCACCGAACGCCGCUGCACGUGCUGGCCGAGCGCGGGAGUCUCCGCGGCUGCAAGCUCGCUGUCAAGUACCACGCCAAGCUCGAUGCGACGGACAUGGACGGCGCGACGCCCUUGCACGUUGCAGCGAGCCUGGGCCACGCCGACCUGUGCCGCUUCUUUGCAAAGACGCGCGCGGCAGCUCUCGACUGCAACGAUGCGCUCGUCUAUCGACACGCAUCAGCGCCGUGGCUGGCUGUCACGACACGUCGCCUCGCUGCGAUUUAUGGAGAGCUCUUUGACCUCGGGGUGCCAGCGACGCUGGCCACGUACGGCAGUCUCCGGCUGCGCGACUUUGAGAUGAACACGCUCCUGCACAUGGCGGCGCAGCACGUGAGCGACGUGCACGCCGACUACCUCUUGAACGCCCUGCAAGCGACCGGAAAGAUCCCGAUCCACGUGCUUAAUUGCUACGGCAAGACACCACUGGAGAUGGCGCAGCGCACCUGCAGUAUCAACGUCUUGCGCGCGAUUUGCUCCAAGGACAUGGCGUCAGUGCGAACGCUCGACAGCGCGACCGCACUCGACGAGGACGAGUGGACAAGCUGUGCUCCCGCCAAGCUGCGGCUGCUCGUGAGCGAGAUCAUGGAAGGCUACAGUUAUCUCGGGGAUCCCGCGACGCUUCUUGUCUGCAACGAAUCCGGUGACACAAUCUUGCAUGCGUUCCUUGAUGCGAUGCAAGCCAUGACGCCGCGACCGACGGACGCACACCAAGAAGAGAUGCUUUUGGGACCCAACUGGCUCGCCAGUCCCCACAGCGACGGUGUCACGCAGCUGCUCGACAAGCCGAAUUGGGCAGGGCUUGCACCCUUGCACAAGGCCGCGGCCAUCGGCGCCCUGGGCGCUUGCCGCGCGCUUGUACAUCGCGGUGCGGAUGCUGCGAAAGCAACAGGUACUGUCGACGACCGCCUCAAGCACCCGAGUACGCUCUGCACCGAUGGCUGGCAUGCCAUCAACUUUGCCGCGCCGCUGCCGUCCGACGCCGUGCUCGAGUAUUUUCUCGCAACGCCGCGCUCGCUCCCGACGACAAAAGCGGUUCUGGCGCAGCUCAAGAGCACGGUGACAGCGCAGCACCCGUCGCUUCUUCCGACGCUCCUCGAGCGCCUCGACGAGGCGAGCAAGACGACACCGACCGUUCUCGAAGCCAUCGCCCGCUGCGAUGCGUUUUACCAUCCCGAGGGCCUCGCGGCCGACGACGCGAGUGCGCUGCUCGUCUUUCAGACGGUAUUGGAAGCCGACCGCUGCGGUGCCGAGGCGCUUGAGCGCGUAGUGUGCGCGGAGUGCAUCGUGCGCUCGACCGGCGACACGCUCCUGCACAUUUUUGCCGGCGAUACGUCCCGCGACCGAACGCAGGAGCUCACGUACCUUCUCACGACCGCCAAGAUGAACGUCGACACGCCGAACAAACGCGGCCAAACCGCGCUGCAUGUUGCGUGCGACCGUCAACUGUCCGGCAUUUGUGCUUUUUUGCUCUCGCGCGGCGCCGACGUGCGGCGCAGCUGCCGCAGUGCGCCCCACUGGAUGGGCAGCUCGUCGCUCACUGAGCAAGGGUCCGACUCGCGGCUACUGCGGCCGACACUCGACGACGUCAGCGACGUUUCCAUGAUGACGGACGAGGCGUGGCAGACACCACUGCACAUUUGCCUCGGCCAAACGCUGCGUCGGCUGAGUCCGAGGCACAUCCAAGCCAACAAUGCCAUCGUCGAGCUACUCUUGCAGCACCCAGCGUCCCUUGCGGAGCCAUCGGCUACCGUGAGUGCAUCGUCCGCGUCCUGCGCUUGGAAUCGCGCAGCGUUUGACCGGAUCGCGACGGACUUUGGCUUUGCGCUCCCCGCGUACCUCGACCAUUUCGUGCAGACCAAGCACUGGCACGGCACGACAACGUACCGUUUCCAGUGUGUGCGCGACGUGUGCCGCCACCUCGAUCGCAUCAUGGCCACGACGGGCGAGACAAGUCGCGUGCUCUUGCACCCGACCGUCCGCAACGCCCUUCGCGCCAAGUGGCACCUCUUUGGUCGACGCAUGUACCGCAAGGAGCUCUGUUUGUCGGCGCUGCUCCUCGUCAGCUUUACGUUCUCCAACUACACGCUCGUGGCCGACGACGCGCCAUCAUCGACGCCGGCACGCAGCGUCGCCUCGUGGCUGCCGCUCACUACGGUGGACGACGUUGUUGUCUUGUGCUUCAAAGGACUCACGUGGCUGCUUGCGCUCUACCAUCUUGCGUACGUUGAGAUGUGGCAAGAAAUGCGGCUGCACGCAUCGGCGUACUGGACGUCGCUGUGGAACUACAUCAACAUUGCGUCGUACACGCUGCUGCUGCUGUCGAUCCCGAUGGAUGCACUGCAUAUGCCUGCGUCCGUGAAAGAGUCGUGUCUCAGCGUCGCGAGCAUCCUCCUCUUGUUUGGGCUGCUGCAAGGGCUUCUCGUGUUCUCCUACUUCUCCGUGCUGCUCUUUACUUUUUCGCGUAUGCUCAAAGUCGCGCUCAAGUUUUGCCUUCUGUACGCGAUCCUCCUCGUGGGCUUUGCAGCAGCGUUCUACCUCGUGUUUCACGGCGCGACCGGCCACACGAGCCUCCGUGAGACGCUCGUGACGGUCUUCUUCCUCAUGUUUGGCGAGCUCAACUUCCACGACGUCUACGGCGCGACGACCAACAGCGUCCGGUACACCGCCGGCCUUCUCGUGCUGAUCACGUACCUCCUUUGCGUCAACAUUGUCGGCCUCAACAUGCUUGUUGCGAUGAUGACGGCUGAAUACGACAGCAUCAAGAGCCAAGCCGAGGUGCUUGCGGUGAAGGAGCUAGCCAACACGCUGCACCGGUACGAGGCGUGGCUCGGGCCCGCGUCCAUCGAGCGACUCUAUGCGUCGGCGGCGCUGCGGUCGUUUGAUUCGUACAGCGAAGCCGCCAAGACCGUUGCUCGACCGCCAACUGUGGACGGCACGAGCGAGCUCCAGACCGAGCUGCAGCAACUCUCGGGGCGACUGCACGAUCUGAGCCAGGACGUGCGCGGUAGCGUCGCCAAGGUCCUUCGCCUCGAGGAAGUGUUGCACGAGCACGUGACGGCGCAACGUGAGGUGCUCGCGUCGAUCUUGCAGCGUCUCGAGCGCCCCAGUACACCAUGA